CCCGCCCCCUCCUGCCCACCUUGCCAGCGCCCAGCCGCAGCAUCAGCACCGAGCUGAGCUGAGCCGGGCUGGGCGGUGGGUUUGUCCGUGCGGUUGCACUACUCGCUCGGUGAUCGCGGUGGCUUGUGGAGUGCGGCCGGUCGGGCGCGGAGAUGUCGGCCUCGCUGGGCCCCCGCGCCCCCGCCGCCGUGCCCGACCUGAGCCAUCUGACCGAGGAGGAGCGGAGCAUCAUCAUGGCCGUGCUGGACCGACAGCGUGAGGAGGAGCGCAAGGAGGAGGCGAUGCUCAAGGACCAGCAGAAGAUGUCACCAUGGUUAGCGAUGCCAUGUCUUGGCUUUACCUGCACCCAGGCAUUUCAACACCAGGAUGCACCAACUGCUGGCUUACCCCAAUGGAAUGAAUUGCCAACAAGACCAUCGAAGAGACUCAGCAAGAUGCAUUCUUCUCCAGAUAUGGACCAACGGCUACAUCAGCAAUUUGAGAGCUACAAGGAGCAGAUAAGAAAGAUUGGUGAUGAAGCCCGGCGUUACCAGGGGGAACACAAGGAUGAUGCUCCAACUUGUGGGAUCUGCCUCAAAACCAAGUUUGCUGAUGGCUGUGGCCACAUCUGCUCUUAUUGCCAGACCAAAUUUUGUGCCCGGUGUGGGGGUCGAGUUACUCUUCGCUCAAAUAAUGUAAUGUGGGUAUGCAAUUUAUGUCGUAAACAGCAGGAAAUUCUUACAAAAUCAGAAGCGUGGUUCAUUGGAAGUGGAACACCACAGCCGUCCAGUCAGGAUGGAGCUCUGAGUGACACAGCUACAGGUGGUGGUUCUGAUGCACCAAGGGAAAAGAAAGCAAGACUGCAAGAGCGUUCACGUUCCCAGACUCCUUUAAGUACAGUAAUAGCGACUCAAGAAGCUACUCCGCCUGACAAGACUCGGGUGUCUGAACUUGCUCGGCAAGAGAUGGGUUUUGAACAGAAACAGUCUGCAUCAAGAUCUAGGAGUGAACCCCCUAGAGAGAGGAGGAAGAGUUCUUCAUUUUCAGAACAGAAUGGAAAAGUGCAGAGAGGUGAUCGGAAACGCACACCAAAGACAUCCCCUCGGCAGGGUGACAGGCCAGCCGAGGAAAGGGAGCAUAAGGAGCGACGAGAGAGCCGGCGGCUAGAGAAAGGCCGAUCACAAGACUAUCAGGACAUGGGUGAAAAAUUAGAAGGGGAGAAGAUGGUAGAUAAGGACACAGAAAGGAAUGGAGAGGAAUAUCAGAAUCGAUACAAGAGUGAUCCCAAUCUGGCAAGGUACCCUGCUAAAUCCCUUCCUGAGGAGCAGCAGAUGCGCAUACAUGCUAAAGUGUCAAGAGCGCGACACGAAAGGAGACACAGCGAUGCAUCCCUUCCGCACACACAGGCCGAGGAAGGCCAAGGGGCAGAGCACAGAUUAGCAAGGAGGACACAGCAACAGGAAGAGGAGAAUUCCCCCACUGAGAUACAGAAAUCCUACCCCGAUGAAAGGAACGCAGAUGUACACUUGUCUGCUUCUCGGCAGCAGCAUCUGAUGAAUCACAGCCCACCAACACCAGAACGGGGCACAGCUUCUACUGAGUAUCUAGAUGCAAAGGAACACGACUCCUAUAGAAAGCAGUCUCACCUGGAUCCCAGUUCUGCUGUGGCUCGAACUAAGCGGGAAAAAAGUGAAACUAUGCUGAGAAAUGAUUCUCUUAGUUCUGACCAAUCAGAAUCUGUAAGGCCACCCCCACCAAAACCACACAGAAUGAAGAAAGUGGGUAAAAAAAGACAGAUAUCAGUGAGCAGCUCUGAGGAGGAGGGAGCAUCAACACCAGAGUACACCAGUUGUGAAGAUGUGGAAAUAGAAAGCGAAAGCGUCAGUGAGAAAGGUGAUUUAGACUACUAUUGGUUGGAUCCCGUUACAUGGCAUGGCAGUGAGACCUCGCCAAUCAGCUCGCAUCCUGUUACAUGGCAACCAUCCAAAGAAGGCGAUCGUCUCAUAGGACGUAUUAUUUUGAACAAGCGAACAAGUAUGCCCAAAGAAUCUGGAGCUUUACUUGGGUUAAAAGUGGUUGGAGGAAAAUUAACAGAAAGUGGAAGACUUGGGGCCUUCAUCACCAAAGUGAAAAAGGGCAGCUUAGCUGAUGUUGUUGGCCAUUUGAGAGCUGGUGAUGAGGUCCUUGAAUGGAAUGGAAAACCAUUGCCAGGAGCUACAAAUGAAGAGGUUUACAAUAUCAUUUUGGAAUCAAAAUCAGAACUUCAGGUUGAAAUAGUUGUUUCAAGGCCAAUCGGUGAUAUACCUAGAAUUCCGGAAAGUUCCCAUCCCCCUUUGGAGUCUAGUUCAAGUUCCUUUGAAUCACAGAAGAUGGAACGACCCUGUAUUUCAGUCAUUUCUCCAACCAGCCCAGGAGCUUUGAAAGAUGCCCCUCAGGUCCUACCUGGACAGCUCUCAGUGAAACUCUGGUAUGAUAAAGUAGGCCACCAGCUGAUAGUUAAUGUGUUACAAGCCACGGAGCUUCCUUCCCGAGGGGAUGGUCGGCCCAGGAAUCCUUAUGUAAAAAUGUACUUCCUUCCAGAUCGAAGUGACAAGAGUAAGAGGAGGACCAAAACAGUCAAGAGAAGUUUAGAGCCAAAAUGGAACCAAACAUUUAUCUAUUCCCACGUACAUCGAAGAGACUUUCGAGAACGAAUGUUAGAGAUUACAUUGUGGGAUCAGCCCCGAGUGCAAGAAGAAGAAAGUGGAUUUCUUGGAGAGAUCCUUAUAGAGCUGGAGACGGCAUUGCUGGAUGAUGAACCACACUGGUAUAAACUUCAGACACAUGAUGUAUCUUCACUACCUCUGCCCCAACCAUCGCCCUACAUGCCACGACGGCAUGUCCAUGGGGAAAGUCCCACUAAAAGGCUACAAAGAUCUCAGCGAAUCAGUGAUAGUGACAUCUCAGAUUAUGAUGUUGAUGAUGGUAUUGGAGUGGUCUCAGCAGAUUAUAGGGUUAGCAGUAGAGAAAGUAGAGCAAGUACACUAACAGUACCAGAUCAGCAGAGAAGCCCGCAUCAUCGUUCACGUUCUGUCUCUCCUCACCGUGGUGACGACCAGGGCAGGACCCGGUCACGAUUACCCAGUGUCCCACUACAGAGGAGUCUAGAUGAAAUCCAUCAGAAUCGACGGUCUCGCUCUCCCACCCGAUACCAAGCUGUCUCACGCAGUCCCAUCGAGCGCAGGCCCCGGGACAUAGACACUCAUUACGCAUAUGAAAGAGACAGUGAGUUCCUUAUGCUGCCCAGAGCAAAACGAGGAAGGAGUGCAGAGUGCCUGCAUACUGCCAGUGAAAUACAGCACUCUCUUGACAGGGCUAGGAGUGCUAGCACCAACUGUUUGAGACCAGAUACUAGUUUACAGUCACCAGAACAAGACAGGUGGUUUCACUCCCUAGAUAGGAAACGACCUCCUAGUCCCCGGAUUCACAUCCAGCAUGCCUCUCCAGAGGAUGACAGAGUGCACCAACAAGGAAGCCUGGUGCAGUCACCAUCAACAGCAACACCAUUGUCCGGGCGGAGGGGAAGGCAGCUCCCACAGGUCCCUGUUAAAAGCUCGGGUGUAGAGCAAGGAAGCCGAAUCGUGGAAGAGCGGACAAAACAGAUAAAGACAAAAAUGUACCCCAGUAAACAGCCUGUGGGAUCAAUGGCCAGUUUGGAACAAGAGCGAGAAUUAUACUCAAAACAUCUAUCAUACAGUGAACAAAACAGAAGCAUUGAUAAUGUUUCAGUCAAAUCAUCAGACAGUGAUGCCAGUGAUGUAUCAGCCAUCUCUCGAACCAGCAGUGCCUCUCGCCUCAGCAGCACAAGCUAUAUGUCAGUACAAUCCGAACGCCCAAGGGGCAGUCGUAAGAUUAGAUCGAAAUCCUUAGAAAACAACAGGGAUGUGACAAAUAAAAAGGAGAGGAGGAUAUCGUGGGUGUUAGUAGACCAGGGAGAGAAAGAGUCGGGGCACUCUGAAAAGAAGCCAGGAAAAGAAGAUCUGAAAAAGAGACGGCAUUCGGCGUCUGGUGACUUGAGUGCAUUUACCUCUAAAAUGCAAAGCAGGCAAAUGGGGACAUCAGGGAGAAAUAUUAUGAAGAGCACAAGUGUAAGUGAGGAGAUGUAUAGUCUGGACAAUAACGACGGCAGUCAGUCGGAUACGGCUGUGGGAACAGUAGGAACAGGGGGCAAGAAACGAAGAUCAAGUUUGGGUGCAAAAAUGGUGGCCAUUGUCGGCUUGACGAGGAGAAGCAGGAGCACAUCGCAGCUCAGCCAGACUGGCUCACACAUGAAGAAUGGCCAAAUGAGCGAGGUACUGGAAGGUGCCCAGUACCCUUGGACUUGUUCUGAAACUGGAGUCAGCACUUUAAGGAGAAAAGAGGCUAGAGUGAAGAAGUCCAGGAACGCCAUUCAGAGAAGCACCGAGACUGGCAUGGCAGUGGAAAUGCGACGCAUGACACGGCAGGCCAGCCGGGAGUCCACCGAUGGGAGCAUGAACAGCUACAGCUCCGAAGGAAAUUUAUUCCCUGGGAUGAGAUUAGGUGCCGACAGUCAAUUCAGCGACUUUCUUGAUGGGCUGGGACCUGCGCAACUUGUUGGAAGACAAACAUUAGCAACACCAGCCAUGGGUGACAUUCAGAUUGGGAUGCUGGACCGGAAAGGACAGAUGGAAGUUGAAGUAAUCCGAGCACGAGGCCUCAGUCAAAAACCAGGUUCUAAGUCACUCCCUGCUCCUUAUGUCAAAGUGUAUCUACUGGAGAAUGGCGUUUGCAUUGCCAAAAAGAAAACAAAAAUUGCUCGGAAAACACUUGAUCCUCUCUAUCAACAGUCAUUGCUGUUUGAAGAAAGCCCACAGGGUAAAGUCUUACAGGUGAUAGUCUGGGGAGAUUAUGGCCGAAUGGACCACAAGUGUUUUAUGGGCGUGGCACAGAUCCUAUUGGAAGAGCUUGACCUUUCCAGCAUGGUGAUUGGCUGGUACAAACUGUUUCCAACAUCUUCUUUGGUGGACCCCACCUUAACACCACUUACUCGUAGAGCUUCCCAAUCAUCUCUUGAGAGUUCAACUGGAUCUCCCUGUAUAAGGUCAUAAUGAUUUCAAAAUAAAUCAGCAGACAGGACAAAAAUCAGGCACUGACCACAAAUAUGAUCAAAUCGCUGCUGGAGCCAGACAAUCACUCUUGUUUUGCCAACGGCACUGUUUCUAAAAACAAUAGGGCUUCAUAAAUCCUAAAAAUGACAUACAUAUGUGAAUGUAUUUCUGUAUGUAUGCUGGCAUGAACUGGCACACGCGCACUGCAUUAAAUCUGAGUGGAAAAUGGUGAUCAGUGAGAUUCGCUGAUUAUAUGUAAGAGGCUAAAUGAAUGAGACCAGUGCUCUGACCUAAAAAUAAAUAAGCUUUAGCCACAAACUGGAAAGUAUCAAACUGAAAUAAAAAUUGGAAUUGUUCAUUAACAUUUCUAUAGAAAUGACAAACAGUGUUACCUUCCUGCUCUUACAUUUUGUUUCCUUGCACAUACUUCUUCCACUACUGUCUGCUGUACUGAAGCCUCGCUAAAUUUUGGCAGUUUGUCCCCCUGCUGCUGGCAGAGUCCUUGCCCGUGAUUCAAGGCCAGCGGCAAAUUUCUGUGAGCAAUACAAAUGGUAUUCAGCAGUUACAGACUUUAUGCAGAUAAUGUCAGUGUGUGGAUAUCAUUGGCUCCCAGUCAAAAGUAUCACAUUCAUUGCAAGUUAGCAACAGAGAGAAAAAACAUGAGAUUUGAGAUUCAGAAUUGAUUCAGAGCAGCACUCAUUAUAUUUCAAAACAGAAGACUUUAAGGUGUUGUUUGUCAUUUGCCAUAUAAUUGCCAUUGCUUCUCUCUUUGUAAAACCGGCAUAUGUUUGCAUUAUGAAUUAAUAAUUUUUAUGUUUUCUGAUGUUUUGCAUGAAAACAAUGUUUGAAACUGCUGUCAGUGCUGGGGACUGUGAAAAGCAACUUCAGUUUUGGUAUUCUGCAGAGAUCGUGGCACUAAAAUGUUCCUUGUGAUGCAGUUCUCUUCCGAUAAUUACAGUUGAGAUAAAUGCUGUAUAAAAUUGUACACUUGACUGCCUAAAGUGUUGGCCAAUAAUGGACAGAGCAUAAGCUGUUUGAACUGUAUGUGAGACUUUUCCUGAUUGUUUGUCAUAUGGCAGUCUGAGCUGACCAGGACAGAGCAUGAUGAUUGCUGGAAGUUCUAGUUGAAAACACGUUAAUAAUUUUAUAUCUGAUUUCAGUUAACUUAAUUUCAGAAUUACUGCAAGAACAAUUUUUUUAACAGUGAAAUGCAUUACUUUUUGAAAGAAAGGCAAACUUUUGAUUGCUUUUGAAAAAAAGUCAUUUUUUCUCUGAGUCCCAUAGUACAUGAAGCCCCCUGUGUAAGCUAUGUCCAUGAGGUGCAGUGAUUCUCCUUCCUUCUGCUCCCAUGGUCAUUUUGAGUUUCUGAUCACUGAUGUGGAGCAGCAUGACUCUGGACCUGUUCAACUGCUGCAUGCACGUUUUGUAGGGGGGAGGGUGGUGGGGACAGAACACAGGAGUUAGUAUGUGUGUUAGUUCCACAUAGGCCAGCUUGUAAGUUGCAUGUUCUUGUACAGUUUGCUUGUUAAUUAAUAUAUGGAAAUUACUAAAAAAAAAUCAAAGCCAUUUGUUUCUGUUAUAGACCUUAUUGUUGAUUUUAAUGAGCCUCAGGUUUGGUGGUGGAUGUCCAUUGAAAGAUUUUUUUUGUACCCUAUCUGGCAAAUACUUGCUGAUGCAGUACAGAAAAGCACCUUAUUGGCCUUGAUAUGGACUCUUACUGUGGGGCUUUAGCAGCCUUGUCUGUACACAGUUUUGAAUUCAAGGUAUUUUGCCUGCACGGAGUGAAUUGUCUCAUUUAAAUUGGCCAGCACUUUGUCUGUGGUCCCACAAUGUAGAAUAAGACUGAUUACUGCUCGACCUGCUGAGCAGGAAGAAUUAAAACACUGGUUUGCUACACCUUUAGGUUCUAUUCGAUUUGUUGUGGCCAAAUUUAGCUGAUUGGGUGGUAUCUUUCUAAUGGCAACAGUUGUCUAAACACUCCCCUGUGCUUUUAAAUGAACCUCAGACAUAAUGUUAUGUAAACAACAUGUUUAAUAAAAGUUACUUUUCAUGUCAA